AUGUCCAAGACAAAAUCCUCGGAAAUUGACCAUUACUGGCAAAGACGCGGGCCUUAUGGUGUCGUUGUUCGUGCUGCUCUCCGAACUCUUCAAUUCACCUUCGCUAUUAUCGUUGCCGCCCUCUACGGUGUUGAUUUGGCCCAUGCUACCAAAACCGACUCUCACGCACCCUCGGAAUGGAUUUAUGCCGAACUUGUCGCUGCAGCCUCCGCUAUCACUUGCAUCAUCCACUGCUCUGUGAUGGUCACCCAUGUCGCUUGGUCAGCAGGGGAUGGUGUCCUGUGUGUUCUAUGGGUGGCACAAGUGGGUACUUUUGGAACGAUCUAUAAUUCCGAUAUCUCGGUUUACUACGCCAAUGUCACGCUAUCAAUAGCUCGUAUGCGGGCGGCAUUUUGGAUCGAUUUGAUCAAUAUGCUUCUGUGGCUCUUGACAACUAUCCUUGGCAUUUCACGGUGCAUUCAAACUCGCAAAGUUACCCGCCGCACAGGUCAACUUGAUGACAGCCAAAACACACCUCCGCCGCAAGAAACCGGCACACUACUCCUGACUUCUGAGGAAAUCGAAAAAGAUGUCAACCUUGAGUAUUUUCCGCCAGAAAAAAGUUCAGAAAAGCAGCUAUAUACGUCAGAAAAGCAGUCUAGUAUGGCAGAAAAGCAGCUGGAUGUGGUCAAAGUUUGA